AGCCGAAGAAGCUAAGUGGUGGUCAAAGUAUGGAAAAGUAUGGAAAGUAUGGAAACAUGGAAACCUCAGUUAAUGUUGACUGGCACCCUCCGUUGGGGUCAUCCGACAUGGGCACUGCAGCGUAGCGCAGUACGGAGUUCAAAGUACUGUGCUAUCAGCCGGGCUGGCAUGCCAAUCGAUGGCGGAUUCGGUCCAUUCUGGAUGCCACCUUACGGCUUCGUCACAGUAUCUUUCUCUUCUAUUUUACCUAUCAUGCUGCUGACUAGAGGCAGGACUGAGGGAGAGGAGCAGUGGAUGAAGCUGUGCAGCGAAAGUUUUCGCGAAUGUAGGGCUCAGGAACAAUCGACCGAUGCCCACCCCACUAGACCCCCAAUGCUGUCUCCAAUUGGCCCAUCUGGUCGAUGCGGGCCAGGUGAACGCAUCUAGAACAUUGGCCCCCAUUAUAUCAAGGUUGAGACUCGCUCUUUCUUUCGGUCUUUUUCAGAGUGUACACACUUAAUCUGCCAGUAGGAGCUAUCUCAGUACUAGAAGUCUCAACAAUUGCUCUUCAGAAAAACCCUCGACGAAAGAAUGUCCGACGUUUUGACUUGGAAAUUGGAUGGCGACUGGUCUGAUACAGCACUGCAUUUCUUCCCCCCCACCUCCUUUCCCGCCAGGAAAAUU